ACCUCUUUGUCCGUGUUUAUAUUCUCAGUCAGAUCUUGGCGAUCUCUUGCCGCUGGAUCAUGAAAUAGACUUUGUUGUUGCCAAAUAAUUAUAACUUCAAUAGAUUUAAAAACUAGUUUCCCUAUUGAGAUACAUAACCACUACUAUAACCUCUUUGUUUAUUUUCUAUUUUCAAUUGCCCUUAAUAAUAUCCUCAUGGUGCUGUAGUGAGGAUUUUGUGAAAUAAUUUAAUUUGAAAUUGUUAUGGUUAGCUCUAGGGUUAACUGUCCAUAUCUUGUGGAGUUGAAUGCAUUGGUUUUAUGGGAACUUAAUUAGGGACUGAUGUGUAUAUAGUGCUAGUGUUUUAAGAUACUUUUUGGCUAACUUGAAAAAUGGACAGUAAACAAUGAAUGGAUGGAGGUUAGUUAUGAAUAAUAUUGAAAGAUUUAAUUUGAGAUUAAGUUUAUUAUGGAAGCUUCAGGAUCUGAACAUUUUCGAGAAGAGUUAUACUUCCUUAUCACUAAAUUUUUAGAAGCUGGGCCUUGUAAACAGGCAGUAAAGACCUUGAAGGAAGAAUUGUCUGAACAUAAGAUAAUACCAUAUCGAUUAGACUGGGAAGGUAAUCGACAUGAACAAUCCUUUGAUGAGCUGGAGAAAAAAUUUCCUCAUAUUUCUCCAGAACAUCUUUUAGAAAUUUGCAAGAGGAUAGGGCCUAUUCUCGAAAAAGAGAUCAAGCCUUGUGCACCUGGAGUUAAAACGUUACUAGGAGCUGGUAGACAAUCUUUACUAAGAAAUUCUAAAGAUGAAAAGACUCACUUGCGGUUGUCUGAUUUCAUUGCUCGACGUCAUGGUGCUUCGCUACACAGCCCCAUCACUUGUCAUCAUCACAAUAUUGUUCAAGUACUGUAUGGUCGAGAAACAUCUGGUCCACCAACCAGAAAACACCUUAUUAGUUCAAGAAUGUACACAAGAACUCAUCUGCUCAAUAGAACCCUUGGACAUUUGUCUGCUGUUUAUUGUCUCCUGUUUGAUCAUACUGGAAGAUACAUAAUAACAGGUGCAGAUGAUCUUUUAGUGAAAAUUUGGAGUGCCUUAGAUGGGAGACUGCUCUAUACUUUGAGAGGUGCAGCUGCCGAAAUAACUGAUAUUGCUAUUAAUUUAGAGAAUACUCUGUUAGCUGCUGGUAGUUUAGAUAAAGUUAUACGGGUUUGGUGUCUACAAACUGCUUAUCCUGUCGCUACACUUUCCGCCCAUACAGGAAUGAUUACAGGAGUAAAUUUCUGUCCUAAUCCUUUUAAUGAUAUUCAUUAUCUGGUUUCUACUAGUACUGAUGGCUCUGUUGCUUUUUGGAGUUAUGUUUUCACAUCAUGUAAUGAACCUGUCAUAUUUCAGACGAAGCCUGUUUUAUAUCAUGAGAAAAUGAGGCCCGGACAAGCUCAGAUGAUAUGUUCUAGCUUUUCUCCAGGAGGAGCAUUUUUGGCUGCUGGUAGUGCAGACCACCAUGUAAGGGUUUAUUGCAUGAAAGGAGAUUCACCUUAUCGGGUAAUGGAAAUGGAGAAACAUUCUGAUAGAGUUGACAGUAUUUUAUGGUCAAAUAAGGGCUUAAAGUUUAUAUCUGGAAGCAGAGAUGGGACUGCAGUUUUGUGGCAGUAUCGAGCUCAAACUUGGCUCACCCGCCAGUUACAUAUGACUACUACAAUUCCUGGGAAAGUGUCAAAAGAAGAUGAUCCUCGACUUAAAUUGAAAGUUACGAUGGUUUGUUGGAGCACAGAUGACACUUUUGUAAUUACCGCUGUUAAUAAUAAUGUCAUCAAAGUCUGGUCACCUGUGAAUGGGAAGUUACUUAAGGAAUUGAAUGCCCAUAGAGAUGUUGUCUACUGCCUUGAAAAUCAUCCUCUAGAUUCUAGAAUUAUGUUAAGUGCUGGGCAUGAUGGUAUCAUUUAUAUAUGGGAUUUACUCACUGGUGAACAAUUAUUUAUGCAUCAAAACCACAUUGAAGGUCAAGGGAAUGGUGCAGUUUUUGAUGCAAAGUGGUCUCCUGAUGGAACGAUGAUGGCUUCCACUGAUUCCCAUGGCCAUCUUCUUAUUUUUAGUCUGUCCGAGUUCAAUGAUAAAAUGAAAUUGCUUCCAAAAGAGUUGUUCUUCCAUACUGACUAUAGGCCUUUAGUCAGAGAUGCACAAAAUCAAGUUUUAGAUGAACAGACACAAACACCUCCUCACCUUAUGCCUCCACCAUUUCUUGUUGAUGUGGAUGGUACACCCUACACUCCGAACCUACAAAGGCUUGUACCUGGAAGGGAAAAUCUAUCUACAGAUCAAUUGAUUCCUAAUAUAAUUAUAUCACCUAGUGGUCAAGCUGAGGUUAUACAACCUGUCGGUGAAGUUAGGUCAAACAUCGAUCAAAGAAUUGAAGAACUUGCUCUUUCAAACCAUGUUCAGAAUUCCAAUGAAAGUUCUUUACCAAUGAAUGAAUUAUCUCCAAGAUCAAGGAUACUAAGAAGAGGUGAUGUUGAAGGUGUGAGACAAUCGAUGGGUGACUGGCAGCUAGGUGGUUUCAAAUUAAAAAAUCAGAAGUAUAUUGUCAAUCAGCUAUCACGUGGGAUGCUUUAUAGUUUAAAAGCUGAAAUGAAAUUCAUUGGUACGCUGGAAUUAGAUGAAUAUGAAAGAGAAAGUAAAAAAGUAGCUGAAUUUCUUCCUGAAAUUCCUAUUACACUACCAAAUAGAAAGCCCAAGAGACGUAACCAUAGUUAUAGGACUCGUGCCACUAGAGAUGCCCCUGUUCCAACUUCGCAGGAGGGAGAGGAAGAAUCCGAAAGCCCUCCAACAGAUGGAAAUUCAAGCGAUGCCACUGCUAUUUCAGAACACAUUGGAAGCAGUACAAGUGAUUCCUCUAGCAGUGAAUAUUCUGAUUGGGUGGCUGAUCAUAGUGUCAAUUUAGAGCCUCCUCAAAGAAAUCGGCGACAAAGGAAACGUAAGCCGCCUCAACCUGCUUCUAAGCCUGUGCCUCCUGCUGUUAAAAAGUCACUGCCCGAUAGUAAUCAAGAGAUUCCUGAACUUUAUCGUCCUUCUGAAUGGCUUGCCGAGGUAAUUCCUAAAAAAUUUCCCUAUUAUCCUCAGAUGGGUGAUGAAGUGAUGUUUUUCGCUCAGGGAUAUGAGUUAUAUAUUAAAGCUGUUCAAGACAGAAAAGUUUAUGAAUUGGCAAAAUCUCAGUUGCGACCUUGGGGAAAUAUUCAGUUGAAGGAGCCUGAGCUUGUAAAAGUGAUAGGAAUUAAGUAUGAACUCCGUCCACCUCGCCUAUGCUGUUUGAGGUUAGCUGUGAUGAAAGAAAAUGGUCGUUUAGUUGGUGACAGGUUCACUAUUAAAUACCAUGAUAUUCCUGACGUCAUUGACUUUUUUGUCUUGAAGCAAACAUAUGAUUUAGCCAUGGCCAGAAAUUGGAAAAUUGGCGAUAGAUUUCGAAGCAUGAUAGAUGAUGGAUGGUGGUGGGGAUCAAUAGAAGCAAGAAGGCCUAAUGCGAAUUCUCCUUUUCUUUGCCACCGCAUAAGAUGGGACAAUGGUGAAACAGAAGAUAUGAGUCCGUGGGAUAUGGAACCAGUUGACCCCAAUCGAGAACCAGAUCCUGGGGGAUCAGUUCCUGUAUUGCCUGAAGAAAUAGCAGCCAUUUUAUACCAUCCUAGAGGAGACGAAUGGCCCGGAGGGGAUAGGGACGCCUCUUGCAGGACAACCAUUGCAGGUCUUGAGGAGGUCAUGGGAUUAUCAAUAGCUGAACCAUUUCUAGCACCAGUAGACGUCAAUGUUUACAAAUCAUAUGCGUAUAUUGUUGAAUUCCCGAUUGAUCUCUCGACUAUUAAGGCGAGAUUUGAGAGUAGAUUUUAUAGAAGAUUAACUGCAGCACAGUUUGAUAUUAGGUAUUUGGCUACCAAUGCUGAAAAAUUUAAUGAAUCUCAUAGUAUAAUUGUAAAACAUGCUCGAAUCGUAACUGAUCUUUGUUUACGUAUUUGCAAGGAAAUUGGUUACGUUGAUGUCCCUCAGCUCUAUAGACAACUAUUAGAUGGUUAUGAAAGUUCAAAUAGUGAAGACGAAAAUGGUGGACCUUCAACUUCAAGAAGAGAAAGAGCUGCAGCGAAUCGUUCUCUUCGAGCUCUCAGACGUGCGAAUCACCAACAGCCAGAUUGGAAAAGAGAUUGCAGGCAACUUUUGGAAGUACUGUGGAAUUGCCAAGACUCAGAACCAUUUAGGGGGCCAGUUGACAGAAUUGAACAUCCUGACUACGACAAGAUCAUAGACACACCAAUGGAUCUGAGCACAGUGAGAGAAGAACUUAUCGGUGAAAAUUACUCAUCUCCAAUUGAAUUUUGCAAAGACAUCAGGAUGAUCUUUAGUAAUUCUAGAAGUUACAAUACAAACAAAAGAUCUAAGGUAUAUGUGAUGACUGUUAGGUUAGCUGCUAUGGCCGAAGAACACAUGAAGAGAAUAAUCAAUGAUUGGAAAGCAGCAUGUCGUAAACAAAACAAGAAUAUUAAACUAAAUGGAAUAAGAAAACGAAGGACGGUUAAAUACUCUGAUGACUGUGAACGUUCCAAUGAUAAUAGUUCAUCUGGAAGUGAACAUAACAGUGUAAAAAGUAAUAAAGGGAAAUAUCAAACUAGAUCACGAAACAAUUUGAAAAUUAAAAAUACUUCUGAAGAUGAGAUAUCUGAUAAUGAAACCAGAGUUGUGAGACCUUUGAGGUUGAAAGUGAAUAAUUUCAAAAAAUUUAAUUCAGCAAGCUGGUCGGAUAGAGAUACUCCUUCUUCUUCCAGUGCUUCCCAACGGCAGUUGAGAAGAAUUAAAGAUAUUUCCUAUGCUGAAAAUGAUAAUGAGUCUUCCUCCAUUUCAUCAUCUUCAUGCAGUGAGGAUAACAACCACAAUCUAUCUCAAGGGACAGACCAUGUGGAGAAAGAAGAACCAACAUUGAAAUGGACUUUAAAUGGUCAUGUUCGAGUUAUCAAGCCUUUGAGGACGGCCCCUCCUAUCAAUAAAGAAAGUGAUAGUGAAGAAGGUAACAUUGAAAAUGGUAUAGAGGUUGAAGAGUAUUCCGAUGAAAUAAUUGAAGAAGAAUCAGAAAAUGGUCCUUACCCAGGAACUGAUGUUGAAUCAGAAAAUGAUGUCUGUGAUAAUUCUAAUUUUAAUCCUAUAGGUAUAACUUUUAGUCCUAAUUCCGUUAUAAAUAAUAACACCAACAACAAUGGAAUCAGCCAUGAUUCAGAUACUACAAGCAAUGAAGAAUAUCAUGAAAGAAAACAAGAUACUGACGAUAAUUAUGAUAUUGAUGAGCAGGAUGACCAAACUGAUGAAGAAUCAAGCCAUUCAAGGAAAGGUCUUAAGAGAAAAAAAUCAACUGGGACAGAUUCAAGUGAGACUUAUAGUCCUAGAUUAAGUAACGUUGUAACUCCAAGUCGGAGGUCAAUGCGAGCAAGAAAGCCUGUCAAAAGGCCAAAUUACAUAACUGAUAGUGAUAGUGACAGUAAAUCUCAAACCGAAAACCACAAUAAUCGACCAAUGCGAUCAGUAAUGCGAAAACAUUACAGGGAAAGUGUUGAAAGCAGUGGUGAUUCCUCUCACGAACCAAAAAUUAGUAUUAGUAGUCGAGGUAGAGUACGAAAAAUUACUGCAAGAGCGAGAGCAUUCCUUAGGGAUUAGCAGUACCUGAUUUAUUAUCUCUAAUUUAUUUAUAUUUUACUUUGGUCCAACAAAAGUAUCUUAUUUUAAAAAAAAAAAAAAAAAUCUCUAGUCUUUCCAAGUAAAUAAAGCAAUAUCGAUACUGUAUAUGGAAUAUAAAUACUUAAUCAGAAUGGAAUUCAGUAUCUUGAGGAUACAAUAGAAAGGGAAAUAAUUCUUUUAAAUAAAGUAAAUUUUAUUUAUUUAUUAAAUGCUUGUAUUUAUUUUGGCAUUAUGUUUAUUUCUUCAUGAAAUUUUCGAAGAUUUAUUUCCUUCUAGUCUACUGUUUUUCUUUCAAUUUUUUCAA